AUGAAGUCAACGCUAUUCUCAGAAGACAGCGAAUUUGGUUGUAUUUUAUCCGACUGCGAUCCUUCUUGUCUUAGCGCGGCAGAGUUCGAGGAGGUGAACAAACUUUUGCACCAACACAGCAUCAUACUGUUCAAAGACGUUGACUUAACGCCUGAAAAGCAAGAUGAGCUGACUAGACUCUUUGACCCAGAAGCUAAAACAUAUGGCCAUGGUAACAACAAGACAGAAGGUGCAAGCAAAUCAAUCUUGCACCCUGACCUCAAGACAAUUCCUCGUGUUCCAACUGUACAGGUUAUCGGCAAUGGCACCGUCUAUGACCAUGAGGGUCUUUCGGAGGCUAAGCUCAAGCAUCCUCAUCACAAAACAUUUCACAAAACAAAGGUUAGCGACGAGGAUGAUGAGAAAGGCUUCACGCGUUUCUAUCGUUGGCACAUAGAUGCAGCUCUUUACGAUCUCGAUCCUCCAAAAGUAACAACACUUUACGCGAUCAGAAUACCUAAAGGACCAAAACAGACUCUCAGAUACGACGAUGGCUCAGAAGAAACCCUCCAAGUAUCACUGGGAUCUACAGCAUUUGUCAGUGGAAAUAAAAUGUUUCGAAUUUUACCAGACAACCACAAGUCCUUGGCUGUUCGUACACAAGUUGUAUAUGCGCCACAUCCUUAUGUAUGGAUGUCAAAGGCUAAAGCGCGCCCAAAUGCUCUCGGCUUGGAGACAGAAGGAUUAGAACUGACGGUUGAGGAGCUACCACCCGUUGAUGACACCAAGAUCAAGACAUAUCCAGUACUUUGGAAGAACAAAGUCACUGGCGACUUAUAUUUCCAAGUACAUCCAAGUGCAAUAGCAGAGUUAAAGAUCAAGCCAAUUUCAUCCGCCGAUAAGAAGACGAGCGACAGCUUAUACCCAGAUGGUGCACAUAUAACCAAAUUGAGUGAGGUAAGGGAUGUUAUAUACGCAAUGCAGCGGCCUGGAAUUAAGCCUGAACACGUAUAUACACAUGAUUGGGAAGAGAAGGAUCUAGUUUUGUUCCACAAUCGCCAAGUGCUUCAUAGCGUCACCGGCGCUCUAAAAGACGACACGAUACGAAUUCAUCAUCAAUGCAACCUUGCGGCUAGCGGCAAAGAACCGUCACUGACGCUUACAAGAUCGCACGCUGCCAUUCGCAGCUUAGACGAGACUCUACGCGAGAAUCUUCAAGACUUAGAGAUACCCGCAUUACCGCCUUCAAAUCAGCCGAACAGCAGGCGCAGAUCAUUUCUAAACACAAUAACAAGAUUUGCAUCAAAUCCAACAACUCCUUCAAAGCCAAAGGCUUCUAUUCAGCCUCCUCUAAGCCCUCCUCCAAAUGUUUCUAGCUCCCCGGCCAACGAACCUCUGUCGCAUUACCUCACGCAGCUAGCAAAUGACGAGCAAAUAUGCAGUACAAUAGCAUGGAAGCGCUUUACUAGAGUUAGGCAAGACGACCUACAGUCAAAUCGCAUUGAUAGAAGAAGCCAGGGUAUAAAUCCAGCUUCAGCGAUUAUUCCAUCGAUCAAGGAAGAGCAACCAGAGCAGCCUUUGGAUGAGAAGUCCGAUUCAAAGGAUUUCGCUUCUAUACUCAGUCAGCUUGAUAAAGCUCUUGACAACACAAAUUUCGAUAAGAGCCUAGACGCGCAAGCAAAAGAUGAGACACUCAAUGAGAAACCAGUAGAUUCUGAUGAAGUUAUCAAGUCCGCUUCCUUCAACCAAAGCCUAGCAAAAUCUCAUGAACUAUUUCAAUCUGAACCUAAUCUCCAAUCACUGCAGAACGAUACAAACGAAACGACUACGCGCAAGGUCGUUCGUAAGAAGCAUCGCAAGGUUAAGAUUGAAGAUUUUGAAAUGAAGAGAGUUUUAGGCAAAGGCUGCGCAGGUAAAGUUCUUUUGGUCAGACACAAAACCAACGGUGGAUACUUUGCGAUGAAGGCCAUUCACAAAAGACAUGUUUUGGCACACCAAGAGUUGCUACAUACCCUCACUGAACAAACAGUCUUAAAGCGUAUGACUAGAGAUGUUUUAAAUCCUUUCAUCGUUCAAUUGCACUACUCAUUUCAUGAUGAGAGUGACUUAUUCCUUGCCAUGGACUUCCAUCCGGGAGGUGACUUAGCUACUCAACUGUCUAGAUGGGGCCGUCUAGGUCGUGACAGAGCAAGAUUCUAUGCUGCUGAGAUUGUUGAAGGUGUUGAAGGUCUUCACGCUGCUGGUGUCAUCUAUCGCGAUCUAAAACCUGAAAAUAUUUUGAUCGCAGCUGAUGGACAUAUUAUAUUGACUGACUUUGGACUAUCGAAACAAUUUCCCAAACCUGAAGGCCCAAUCAUGGCUUUACCGGAAUGGAUGACGACAGUCAGUUCAACAACGCCCAAUGUCGAUCCUAAAGAUACCACUAGUAGCUUCUGCGGUACAGCUGAGUACUUAGCACCAGAGGUUAUUCAAGGUUUAUCCUAUUCAUAUGAAGUUGACUGGUGGUCACUCGGAACCAUGCUUUACGAAAUGCUUGCUGGUAUAACCCCAUUUUGGGCUUCAAAUCACUCAGAUAUGUAUGUUCGUGUACUUCACGACGACUUAAAUUUUGGCGAUGAAAGAUAUAUGGAUCAAGAUACCAAGUCUUUACUCAGAGGGCUUCUCCAAAAGAACCCAGAAUUACGUCUAUGUGAACCACGUAUUAAACGUCAUCCAUACUUUGGAAUGCUCGAUUGGAAUCAUAUAUCCGCGAAACGCUAUAUCCCACCUUACAUACCACCAACUAACCCAGAAGAUCAUCUCGAUACUCAAAACUUUGAUGAGACAUUCCUCGACAUGGAGCCAAUUAUUGAUGAUGAUGAUUUAAAUGCUAGCAACAUAGACCCAGAGCGUGCUGCGAUCGCGGACGAAGCUAUUCGAGAUGCUGACGCCAACAAUGAAGAUCUCUUUGACAAGUACAGUUACAGGCGUCUAAACGAGGAUGGUCAUUCUGUCAUGUAUGAAGAGGAGCAUGAUGAUGUCUUUAAUGAAAAUGAGAAAACUGGAGAUGAAGCUGAGGUGGUCGAAAAAUUGGAGAAAGUUACAAGUGUCGAUAAUGUGAACAAAGAUACAACCGAGGAUGCCAUUAUCAACCAGCGAUUUGAGACAGAGCUGCAUAAGGAACCAAAAUCACUAUCAAAAGUACCACCGUCAAUGUCUGACAACGUAGAGGAAAGUGAAUCAAUUGUCACACAUCAUCCAAAUGGUUUGAGAAAGCGCAGACGUGAGAAAUCAGGUGUGCUAGCAUUUGAUAGACCAAUGCUUGUUAGCUCGUCUUCAAGCUCAUCUAUUGCAGACGAUGAAGACGCAACAGAUGACAACGACGAUGAUGAAUGGGACUUAGUAGAAUCAGAUACACCAAUGGCACCGAAUGGACGCAGAAUAAAUCCAUCAACACUGUUUGCUAGAGGAGUUACAGAUAAAUACAAGCUGAUAUUACGUCGUCAAAAUUCAACAAUCAAUAAUUCGAAUAGACAAGUUAAAAUACCAGUGCAAACACACGAAGAUGCAUCAUCAGCAACGACAGAUACAGAUUCGCCACCAUCAACUCGAAGGGAGUCAACACCGCCUGCUAAAAAGACAGUGGGUGAAGCGAUUUCAAGUACAUUAAACCUUCGGAAGAAAAGAGGAAUAUUGUCUAAGUCGAGACCAACGUCGCCAAACAAAAAUCAAUCGCUACGGCCAAAACAAAGUCGUAUGCCAGCAACACCAAAGAAAGAAAAGGCUAUAUCGGAUGGUGAAUAUCAGUCAAGUGUGAAUACAGAAAAUGAUGAGAAUGUUGAUAAAACAUUGAAAUCACCAACCAGGGAACGUAAGGACUUAUUCUCUUUAUUCAGAUCUUCAAAUUAG